AUGAUCUUGGCACGUACUCUCAGAAUUCGGCCGGGCCGUUCAAGUUUGGUGAGAGCUUUUGCAGACUGGGGUGCCAUGAGAGAAGCGUUUGACUCAGCUCCACCCUCAUCCAAGCCUUCUGCCCCCACGCCAGUUUCAAAACAAGCUGCGGCGGUGCCAUCUACAGCGGCAAAUUCUGCUGCUCCGAAGAAUGGAGCAGUUACGAUGAAGGAUUACUUCCAAGGAGGAGACUUGGGAGAUUCCCCACCCGGUGCCUUGGACGAAUCGCUCAACUGGUCUUCCUCCUUUCACGGCCUAGGUAAUGCUGCUUUUGGCAAAGAGGCCCAGGAGAUUCUCGCCUCGGAAAUUGAGCCAAACGACGUAGAAAUUACUCCAGAUGGACUCUUGUAUCUCCCAGAGAUCAAAUACCGAAGAAUUCUGAAUCGUGCCUUUGGUGCUGGUGGUUGGGGACUGGCCCCCAGAUCAGAGACGUUGAUAAGCAAACAGGGAUUAGGUGGUCAGUUGACUAGGGAGUACGCAUUGGUCGUGAACGGAAGACUUGUGUCGAUCGCGAGGGGUGAACAACAGUUUUUUGCAGACAAAGGAAUACCUACUGCCACCGAAGGGUGCAAGUCCAACGCUCUCAUGAGGUGCUGUAAAGACCUGGGUAUAGCGUCUGAGUUGUGGGAUCCCAGGUUCAUCCGCACCUUCAAAAGGAAAUAUUGCGAAGACAUUUUUGUUGAGCAUGUUCCUACUAAGAAGAAGAAGAAGAUCUGGAAGAGAAAGGAUGAGACCGUUGAGUAUCCUUUCAAGCAGUGA